AAAUGAGCAGCUUUUACAAGAAAGUUUUAAAAGGAAAACGCCAAAAACAGAUGGAAAGCCAAAUUAUAUUCCCCACAUUGUAUGGUUCAUAAUAGAUUUGUCUAGAGCCUGUUUAUGUAUCCAACAUCUUUGAUUAAUGGCCCAAUAUGUGAGUAUCCACACUUCAGUGAUUUUCAUGGCAGCUAAUCAUUUUUGUUUCUCAAGUUGGGGAUGUGGAAUUUGACACAAAGAUGGGAUUUCGUCUAAUGAUCUGUUUUCUGAAACAAGCUGUUGUGACUCAAUUAAACCAUUGCCUUAACCACAUGGUAUGAAUCAAAUUUCAGGUUUUUAAGCUGAAGACUUGUACACUUACUAUUGGACCAAACACUCAAUUGCUUUAGCACCAUGACAUUGGGAUCAUUUCUCAUUGGCUGCUGAAGAAUAUCACAAUCUGAACAACCGGUGAUAGUUGCCAAUAUUUCCAUUAUAAGAAGCCUUAUCCUGUAAGAUCCAAAGCGUCAUGCAUACUUGCUAUGUUUUGAUUUUCUGUUGUUUUCUUAUUUAAACAAAUCUUUUUUUCCCCUCUUUUUGUUCCAUUUGUCUCAGUUAUUGGCAUAGGAUUUUUGUAGUCCACAGGGCACAGGGAUUAGUCAAGAAAGAAGAAAAUGGUGAUAACCAAGUCCAAGAGUACUGAGGCAGAGCAGGCCACUCCAAAACUUGAAUAUGAUCGAGCAAGUGAAUUGAAAGCUUUUGAUGAAACAAAAGCUGGCGUAAAAGGACUUGUUGAUGCUGGAAUCAAAGAAGUUCCUCGGAUAUUCUAUCAACCGCGAGAUCAGUUUGAGAAGGACUCAGUUUCAGGUGGCACUCAGGUUAGUAUUCCUGUUAUAGACCUAGAAGGAGUGAAGAAAAAUACAACUACUCGUAAGGAAGUAGUUGAAAAAGUUCACACUGCAUCCAAGACAUGGGGAUUCUUUCAGGUGCUUAACCAUGGGAUUCCAGUGAAUGUCAUGGAGGAGAUGAAGAAUGGUGCAUGUAGGUUUUUUGAGCAAGAUGUUGAGGCUAAAAAGCAACUCUUCUCUCGAGAUUAUACCAAAAGGGUGGUGUACAAUUCCAAUUUUGAUCUGUAUAGUGCACCAGCAGCUAAAUGGAGAGAUACAGUUGUCUGUUCAAUGGCUCCUGAUCCUCCAAAGCCAGAAGAGUUGCCAGCAGUUUUCAGGGACAUAACGGUGGAAUACUCAAAGCAUGUAAUGAAUUUGGGGCAUUUGCUGUUUGAGUUACUCUCCGAGGCUCUUGGUCUGAACCCUGAUUACCUGAGAGACAUUGAUUGUGCUAAGGGACUGGUCAUGCUGUCCCAUUACUAUCCUAUCUGUCCACAGCCAGAACUGACUCUAGGUUCAAGCAAGCAUGCGGACAAUGGAUUUCUCACCGUGCUUUUACAAGACAAUGUUGGCGGUCUCCAAGUACUCCAUGAAAAUCACUGGAUUGAUGUACCCCCUACUCCUGGGGCUUUAGUCAUCAACAUUGGAGAUCUUCUACAGCUUAUAUCAAAUGACAGUUUUACAAGCGUGGACCAUAGAGUACGGACAAAUUCUGUAAGUCCAAGAGUAUCAGUGGCGAGCUUUUUCACUACUGCUCUAUUGCCAGACUCAAGAUUAUAUGGACCUAUUAAGGAAUUGUUAUCAGAAGAGAACGCUCCAAAAUAUAGGGAAACCACUGUCAAGGACUUUAUUACCUACUUCAACUCCAAAGGCCUUAGUGGUAAUUCUCCAUUGCCACAUUUCAGGCUCUGAACUUGGCCAUGGAGAUGAAAAAUUCAUCAGAUUUUUCUAAAAUAUUCUUGGUCGCGAGGACUUUGAUCCUUUAUCAAGUUCGUUGAUGAAACAUGAGUGAUGUCUCUGUAUCUUAUGUAUAAACCAAUGCGUGCACUUUCUCAUCUUCUUUGGGUAAUCAAGCCAUGCAUAUGUGCUUUGUGGAAUGGUAUUCAUGUAGAAGCUAAAGACUUCUUGAUAUCUGACUCCAGGAAAUUUCUUUUUUCUUUUAAAUUUACCCAAAAAAUGACAUUAAGUGAGUUUAUAUAGAAGGUUAAUUGGUUAGUCGAUUAAUUGAUAAAGUUUGGUUGGUUGUGUUAAUAAAAUAACUUGAUUUAGUUAAUUCGAUUU